CCUGUUCUCCGCUCACCCGUCGCAGCGCCGCCAUGCCCCACGUCGCUGCGCCCAGCCGCCAAGCCCUCGAGCGGGAACGUCUCCACCGCCACGCCCAGCAGCCCUCCUCGUCCCUCUCCCACGCCGCCGCCCGCCGCCUCUCCCCCCUCAAGCUCUACCUCCUCGCCUACAACAUCCUCUCCGCCCUUCUCUGGGGCCAUCUCCUCGUCCUCACCCUCUCCUUCCUCCUCGCCGGCCCCACCGCGCCCCGCUUCGUGGACCACCUCAGGGGAUCGUACGACUACCACGGCCUCGGAUGGUGGACGAAAUGGACCCAGACCCUCGCCGUGCUCGAAGUCGUGCAUGCCGCCCUCGGCUGGGUCAGGAGUCCGGUCGGCACCGUCGCUAGCCAGGUCGCCAGCCGGCUUUGGACCGUCUGGGGCGUCGUCGAGGCCGCUCCUGAGAUCACUCACGGCCACCCCUUGUUCACCACCAUGCUCUUCGCCUGGUCCCUCACCGAGGUCAUCCGCUACUCGUUCUACGCUCUCUCCCUCCUCUCCAUCUCCGCCCCCGCCCUCAACUACCUCCGCUACACAACAUUCAUCCCGCUCUACCCGCUCGGCGCCGCUUCCGAGGCCUUUCUCUCGUUCGCGACCCUCCCUGCUUUGGCGCCCGUGGUCAGCAGGGCGGUGACUAAUGUAAUGGCCCAAGCGCCGAGGGAGAUCAUGAAGAGUAAAGUGGGGAGGGAAGUGCUCUGGUGGUGUGCGAAACAUGGCGGGGGGACGGCUGGCGCGCAGCAAGACUGGGGGUGGAUCGAGAUUGUGCGAGCGGGGCUGUUCCUCCUCUGGUGGCCUGCCCUUUAUGUCCUCUAUACCUACAUGCUCAAACAGCGCCGAAAGGUUUUGGGAAAGGGCAAGACCGUAGGCGGGGUUAGCAAGGCGCAAUAAAAAGAGUAUUUGAUACAUUAUUCGGCUUGUACUGUCAAAUACGAAUUUUGAAAGUGGAUCAGUCGAUUGUGGAUACGGGGGUAAGUCAACGAACGAGAAGAAGAUGAGAUACGCUUGAAAAAGUACUCGGAGAAAAGAGAUGCGAUCAUAAUUACCGUGCUGUGAAUGCCAAUAUUACGGAA